AUGCCGACGUUUCGAGAUGUAAUGACCGCCUACAAGGCGGCGAGCACCUAUGUGCAUGAGACCCCGAUUAUCACAAGCAACGCCCUGCGCCAACGCUCUGAACACGAGGAGGUCGUUUUAAAGUGCGAGAACCUGCAGCGCACUGGUUGUUAUAACUUCCGCGGUGUCAUGAACCACAUCAUACGGAGCAAGCAGGUGGAUAUCGGCAUCAACCACUUCGUCACACAGAGCGUCAGCAACCACGGACUCGCUGUCGCCCUCGCCGCGAAUGAGUUCGCCUCCACGGGGCACAUUGUCAUUCCCGCCAACACGCCUGACAUUGUGGUGAAAUCCAUCAAGCACUACGGCGGAAAGGUUUACCCAUGCUGCCCUUCACAGGAUGAGCGGAUGCGGAUCGCACAGGAAUUGGUGGAAGCCAACAACAACAGCGGAAAGAAUGGCGUGAACAGCUGCGUGUACGUCCACCCGCAGGACGAUUGGCUCAUUGCCGGCAACGGCACCGCCGGUGUGGAGUUGAUGCUUCAGACGGACGGCCGCUUGGAUGCGGUGCUGGUGCCAGCGGUGGGCGGGACGCUGCUGGCAGGUGUGGCCAUCGCAGUGAAGGGCAUGAAGCCAAACAUUGCCGUCUUCGCCGCCGAAUGUGACAAGCCGGACCAGAUGUAUGAGUUUGAGUACGGCACCGUCGUUGCCCCUGGGGACAACAACAACAACAACAGCAGCAGCAGUAAUGUCAAGGUGCCUGGCGCGAGGGCCCCGUACGUUAGGAAUCUGGCGUCUGAGUUGUCUACUCCGCUGAGCCCGCAUGUUGCGCAGUGCGUCAACCGCCACGUGGAUGGCGUCUUGAAGGUGACGGAGGCGCAGACCCGGCAGGCCUUCCGCUUUAUCUACGAACGGUGCAAAUUGGUGAUUGACGCCAACGCGGCAACGGCAGUGGCCGCGCUCAUCACGCGCCCGGAAGCUCUGAAGCGGUACAGGCGUAUCGGCAUCAUAUUGACUGGUGGCAAUGUCGAGUUGGAUGAGGUCCCGCAGCUGGCGCGGCUGUAG